CGCGGUCUUCCAGCCGCCAGGCGCCGCUGUGCACGGAGCGGGUAUCCUCUGGGCGGCCCGGCGUGGGCACGUUCGUUGCUCGGGGCGCCGUGUCCACGCUGACCCUGCUCUCGGCCGGAGGGGUAAGGCCCCGAGAGCGGGCUCAGGGCUCGCGGGGACCGGGACCCAGGAUGCGGUCUCCGGGACCCGAGAGCGCCUUCCACGACCUCUGAUCGUGCCUCCCUGAUUUGGCUUUCUUUGGGCGGCUGCUUCCCCAAGGCUAGGUCCGUGGACCAUGCGGUCCAAGGCCGUGUGUCUGCGUCACACCACGGCUCCCGGGCAACUGGAGGCUGGGAUGCUCAAAGGGCAGCUUCCCACCCCAGCCCAGGAACUGUGCCCGGGGACUCUGCCUGGUGCCUGCUAUGAGGCCCCCGAGGACGGCCCCACUCUCCCCCGCAGCGAUCGCUCCAAAGUGGACAGCGAAACCUCGCCGGCCACCGCGGCGGAGCCCCUCAUCCCACACCCCCCAGCGCGGCCCAGGCUGGAGCGAGCCCUGUCUCUCGAUGACAGGGGCUGGAGGAGGAGGCGCUUCCGAAGCAGCCAGGAGGACCUGGCCUCCCGAGACGGGGCUGGCCCCAGCGAGGGCUCCAUGCAGAAUGCACCCUGCAAGGCUCCCGGCCGGCGUUCCCCGCUGCCCUGCCUGAGCACGUCCUUGCAGGAGAUCCCCAAGCCCCGAUGGGCCUCGGGCAGCGCGGGAGGCAGCCCGACCUCCUGGGGCGACCGGCUCUCUGGCAUGGUCAGCACCUCCUUGGAUCUCCUGCACAAGGAGGCCACUCUGGCUGGGGGCUCCCCCAGGCUAGCAAGCCUGCACACCCCACGCCCACCAUCCUCAGAACCUGCUAUGGCCUCCGACACCCUGAGGACUGCAAGCCGGUUGGACUCAGAGCAGGGCGACCGCAAGCAGGGCACACCAACUAGGCUGGUCCGCACCCACAGCAGCCUGGGCCCUGGCCGGCCCCGGAGUCCUCUCACCUGUGAUGACCACUCGCUGCACUCAGCCAGGUCCUCCUUCAGCCUACUGGCCCCCAUCCGCACCAAGGAUGUCCGUAGCAGGAGCUACCUGGAGGGCAGCCUGCUGGCCAGCGGGGCCCUGCUGGGCGCGGAGGAGCUGGCCCAGUACUUCCCCGACCGCAGCAUGGCACUCUUUGUGGCCACCUGGAACAUGCAGGGCCAGAAGGAGCUGCCACCCAGCCUGGACGAGCUGCUGCUGCCCCCUGAGGCUGACUAUACCCAGGACCUGUAUGUCAUUGGCGUGCAGGAGGGCUGCUCUGACAGGCGGGAGUGGGAGACCAGGCUGCAAGAGACGCUGGGCCCGCGCUAUGUGCUGCUGUCCUCGGCGGCCCAUGGCGUGCUGUACCUGUCCCUGUUCAUCCGCAGGGACCUCAUCUGGUUCUGCUCAGAGGUAGAGUGCGCCACGGUGACCACACGGAUCGUGUCCCAGAUCAAGACCAAGGGUGCCCUGGGCGCUGGCUUUACCUUCUUCGGCACCUCCUUUCUGUUCAUCACCUCUCACUUCACCUCUGGAGACGGGAAGGUGGCAGAGCGGCUGCUGGACUACACCAGGACUGUCCAGGCCCUGGCACUGCCCAGGAACGUGCCAGACACCAACCCCUACCGCUCUAGUACGGCGGAUGUCACCACCCGCUUCGAUGAAGUCUUCUGGUUUGGAGAUUUCAACUUCCGCCUGGGCGGAGGGCGCGCAGCGGUAGAGGCCGCCCUGAGGCAGGAGAGGGAGGUGGCUGUGCGGGCACUGCUGCAGCAGGACCAGCUCACGCGGGAGAUGAAGCAGGGUGAGUGGUGGGUACGGCGGGCACAGCGGGCACCAGGGCUGCGGGCUGAGCGUGGCACCCUCGCAGGGUCCAUCUUCAGGGGCUUCCAGGAGCCGGACAUUGUCUUCCUGCCAUCCUACAAGUUUGACCUCGGGAAGGACACCUACGACAGCACCUCCAAGCAAAGGACGCCCUCCUACACGGACCGGGUGUUAUACAGAAGCCGCCACAAGGGGGACAUCCACCCAGUGACCUACUCCUCCUGCCCCGGGAUCAGGACUUCUGACCACCGCCCUGUGUAUGGCCUGUUUCGGGUGCGGGUGAGGCCAGGACGAGACAACAUCCCACUGGCUGCUGGCAAGUUUGACCGAGAGCUGUACCUGGUGGGGAUUAAAAGGCGGAUUUCGAAGGAAAUCCAGAGGCAGCAGGCGCUUAAGAACCAGAGCGCCAGUGCUAUCUGUAGUGUGUCUUGAUGGCAUCAAGGACGACUCACUGUCACCUGCAACUCAGGACAUUUGGCCUGGAGUCACUGGAGGAGAGGGGUCUGCCCCUCCGGCGUCCUGCUGUUUGGGCCCUGUGAAGGGCUACAGGGCAGCCCUGGUUCUUGCCAGAAAAACCCCAGGACAACAGCAGAUCUGGCGCCCCACGCCCACUGGUGUCCCUGUGCCCCUCCCCCACAGCACAGGGCUUUGCUCUUGAGUGUCUGAGUCGCAGCCCCACACAGGGCAGACAUCCUGCAGGCUCCCCCUCCACUUCCUGUGCUCACCCUACGCCCACACCACACAGGCCAUAGCUGGUAUCCUCCAGGCCUGACCCUAGGUACCCAAAACCUGCAGAGGCCAAGGCAGUGUUAGAGGGCACAAUCUGACCCUCCCAGGGGACACGGUCAUCCCCAUCACUUCCCCAGCCAAGGCAGGACCAGUUCCCCACCCCCUUUGCCACAGAACUAGUCUUAUUCAGUGACCUCAGCCACAGCUGGUGUCAACAGCAGUGUCUCUAUCUGGGACACAGCCCAGCAGCCCCACCUUGUGGUUCCUGUCCGUCAACAUCUCCGGAGAAGCCACGACAGACAUGCCAAUGGAGAGGGACCUAGGGACAUCCGCUCCAGCCUAUUUAUUUUUUCAUAUUUGUAUUUUUAAAUAAAUGCAUAGAUUGAAUCUC